GCAGCAGCAAGCGCCGACCAAGGAACAGACGCCUCUCCCCCAAAACUCCCCUCCCAGUUUCCUUCCCCCCUCUGCAAAUCCCCGAUUAAACCCUAGAAUUGGCCCCCAAAUGCGCGCCCCCUAGGCGGCGCCCCCGAAUUCGGCACCGGCCCCGCAGAAGGUUCGGGAUCUCUCUCGCCCCGCUCUCUCCUCUCGCGCUGGUUUUGAUCUAGCUCGGAGCUCGCUGCAUCCCUCAGGUGUGCAAGCCAGAGCUCAAACAAUGAGCGCGGGUUUUAACAAGCAGAUCUUGGCUCAGAAGCUCGCAAAGCUUAAUAGCUCACAACAGAGCAUUGAGACUUUAUCACAUUGGUGUGUAUUUCAUCAUCGCUACUGCCGACUAGUUGUAGAAACAUGGGAUUGCGAGUUCCAUGUUGCUUCUAGUGAGAGGAGGCUAUCUUUGCUGUACCUCGCAAAUGAUAUUAUGCAGAAUAGCAGAAAGGAAGGCAAUGGAUAUAUAACUGAGUUCAUGAGGGUCAUCCCUGCUGCCUUGAAUGAAGUGUUGACUAUCAGAGAUGAUCUUGGACGGAAUGUUGUAAAAAGACUGAUUGACAUAUGGGAAGACCGUAAAAUAUUUGAUACUCAGGGACAGAGCCUUAAGGAUGACUUUUUCAGGAGGUUAAAGGACAUAAGAAACAAGUUGAAAAAUCCGGCUGGUGAGCUGCUGGAGAAGGUUGUCUCAAGCUACAAACAUGUACUGAAUGCUCCUAUGGAUGAGGACACUCUGAUGCGAAAAUGUCAAGCUGCUAUUAUUAAUUUCGAUGAACUCAAUAAAGCAUACGGAAAUAACUCGUUUUUUGGUAGCAGCAAUCAAUCUGGUGUUGAGGAGCUGCAGCAACAACAUAGCAUACUCAGAAACUCCAUUGAACAACUCAAAAUGUCAGAAUCACUGAGGGCCACUCUUAUUCAUCAUUUGAAGGAAGCACUGAAUGAGCAGGAGCUCAAAGUGGAACAAGUGAGAGGCCAGCUUCAGGCAGCUCAAUCUCGAUACAAGAAAGCUGGUGAGCUCUGCCAGGGGCUUGGAAUUGACGUGGAAAAACCUCAGCCAUCUAACCAAGGGCUUAAAUCCAGUCUCUCUGAAACGCAUGCUUCCAUUUCCCCAGAUUCAGCUAGUACAAAAUCUCUUCAGAGGGGACAGUCAAGUGCAGUGUUGUAUUCACAGGAGGGAAAUGGUGCUGGGCACAAUGCCAUAUCAGCUAAUGUAUUGACGAAGCUUGCUGUAGGUGCUGUUUCAGACAAGAUCAGUGAUAGUGUUUUGCCUUCACGAGCCAAUGGGGGCAAUACUGCAGUGAAGAUAGAUGAGCACUCUUCUGGUAACAAGAGGCAGAAGCUAGAGGAUGACACACAUAUUUCUCAGCCUCAAUCAGAGUCACCACCACCACCACCCCCGUUCCCGCAUCCUGAUGCAUUUCAACCACCACCACCACCAGAGUAUCCUCCAUCACCGGAGCCUAGCCCCCCACCACCACCGCCAACUUCAACGCCACCCCAUAUAAUUCCCCCGCCUCCGCCAGACACAAUGCCACCCCCAAUUAUCUCAGCUCUACCACCAACAGCUGGUACAUUUGUACCUUUUCCUGCUGGACCUCCUGGUCCAAUGUAUGGCGCUUUUCCAUUUACUCCUGUGGUCAACUUUCCCAUGAACAUUCCACCUGGUUUCCACAGUCCUCCAACUCCACCUCCAGCUUUUCAAGGAUUAUCGGGUACAUUCUAUGGGCCUCCAUUCCCCACAGCACCCCCACCAACAGACAAGAAAUAAGAGUUGUACCUUACCUUGAGAUAACCACCCCCCCAGUCAGCACAUGAGAUUGUAACAUGGAGUUUUGCUAUGGCCAAGUAUCAUAGUUUUGUUUCAUCGAAGGAUAUGACCACGGGGAUGCAUCACCAUGUGUUCUUUGGAGCUCAGAAGACUGCUCUAGUGUUGUACAUUUUAGUCAGCCAUCGUGCAGCAGUGAACUAAUUGUUCAGGUCUUGGUCACAAAGUAGAACUUGUAGAUUCCAACUUCCAGAUGAAAUUUGUGAUUCUGAGAGCCGAGAGCAAAUGCCUCCAACAUAAUUGACUGAUUUAGUUCUUGUCUUGGUUAUUAUGGAGUAAAAACUGUAGAUUUCAAUAGCUAGAGAGAAAAUAUGGAACUCAGCAGGCGAGACCAAAUGUUGUAGCAUGACAUGUUUGUAACUUAUCAUAGCUAUGUUAUUUGCUAGAUCAUCCGAGGAUAUGUAGAUGUUCUUGUGAUGUUAUGGAGCGCGUAAUUCUGUUGUUGGAUGUAAGAUAUAACGUCAGUGGCUGCGGAUGGUUGAAUCUUCUGCUCUGCUGUAAUUCUCUUUUAGAUCUCAGAGCUCUGCUUGUUCUAGUGCUAA